CCAUCGUCCAAAGGCAACACCAAAUAUCCAUAUGUAUAUAGCCAUCAAGUGAGAAUUUGAGCUACAGGUGCUUAUGACAACAAGACUCUCAAACCACACAGCACCGAGUAGACAGCAAAAUGCUCCACCCGCAGAAUAUACUCGCGGUGGGGAGGGUUUCCGAUAUGGCCAAGAUGCAGAAUCAUUCACGUUCGAAGAUACAUCAGGACACACAGACACUUUACGCGAAGCACUAUCUAACAUUUCGCCAACCCGAAUCCUCCGUAUUUCAAUCAAAAAGAAAAACACCCAAUGA